UAAUGCUGGUAAAAUUCAUUAUAGUUCCAAACUGAUGCGAAUUUCCCCUUAUGUGGCUGAUAGCAUGCACUUGGAUGUCUGGCAAAAAUUCGAGAAAAUUGUAAAGGAAACUUUGAAUACAGCAAGUAAAAUUAUUGACGUUUCACUCGAAGAUAUCGAACAAGGAGAUGGGUUGCUGUCGAAAUUUCAAAACAGUGUAUCAUCACGGGAAGAUAUACACCGUAUAUUCGCAGAUUUCAUUAUUGCUGCUGGUGAUACCACUGCUUUUAGUACAUUAUGGUGUUUAUACCUACUAGCAAAACAUCAAACUGUUCAGGAAAAGGUUCGCUUUAGCAUAAUACAAAGUGGAGACUUAGAAUCUCCACUAAUUCGAGCAACAGUGAAAGAAACUUUACGAAUGUUUCCAGUUGCCCCAUUCAUUGGUCGGUUCUUGGAUCAAGAUUCAAUCAUCGGUGGCUAUAAUAUUCCAAAAAAUACGUUAGCAUUAUUGUCACUUUAUAGCGCUGGAAGAGAUGAGACUAAUUUUCUUAGACCUAAUGAAUUCAUUCCUCAAAGGUGGAUGCGUGGAAAUGAACGAAGUGAAUCAUAUCAGCCUUUUAACGUCAAUGCUAGUUUACCUUUUGCAAUGGGCAGCAGAAGUUGCGUAGGUCGCCGCAUCGCAUUGUAUCAGAUGCAUUUUCUACUUUCGAAGCUACUACAGCACUACAAAAUAACAGUAGAUAAUACUGAAGUGGAAGCAGAGUUAAAACUUGUAACUAUUCCGAAAAACAAGUUUAAACUAAUGUUCACCAAUUUUAACUAAUAAACCUGAACUAAUCCACCUAGCAGUGCAAAAACCUUUGUUAUACUAACUAUUACUACACAUAAACUUAUUAUGUCAGUAAACCAUAAAUCGUUCAAAAUUGAAUUUAAAAGAUAGUUUUCCAGAGGAUGAACCAAAUACGAUCAUUGAAUCAAACCUCGACGUGGUUUUCACAAAUAUUGUGAAUAUCAUCACUCGAGUCUGGGCUAUAUUUUUUCGACCCCACACCAUUUUUUAAAGCUUUCUACAAACAAUUUAUGAAUUUUUGACACAAUCGAAAGCCCAGAAACAAUAAAGAUAACAAUGAUGCAGAUUCAAUUCUAGAACAGCAGAUAUGUUUGUCAGUUUUCAAAAACCACAAAAUCUAGAAAUAAACAUAAUGAUUGUAAAUUAUGAAUUUGCAUCGAAUAUUUCCUACGAAUUGCAGCAAAGUUCUACAAACUUGCUCUCAAGAAAUUAUAGUUCAGAAUUAGGGACCAUCCACAUAACACGUGGACAUAUCUUAAACGAUUUUGUUUAGCUAUUAAAAACAAAAGGUUCAUUAAUUUACACCAGUUAGAAGGCAACACAGAGUAUAAAACACAGCACAGAUGUCUUCUACUCUUAGUUUCUUUUGAGAAAUACAUAGCGGUUGAAAAAAGAGGAACGAGAGAAAAAGAGAGAAAAUAAAAUAGAAAAAAAAGGAAGAUAGAGUAAGAAUUGAUCCGAAAUGUAAAAUAUCUCAUGUUUAAACAUUCUGAUUUAAAUAUUCUAACAUUCAAGCAACUGAUAAAAAACUCGCUCAGUAUUUUUUUCGAAGAGCUUUGGAGCUUCCAUUUGCACUUGUAUACAUCAAAAUCAAAUAAUACGUUCUGUAAGAAAGGUGAGAUUUUUUCUUGUUUUUCUUUGUUCGAUUUUGAUAUACCACACAGAUAAGCAACAUAUUGACACCUACCCACGUACAUACGCACAUACAAAUAUAUACAGCCAGUGUUCAUUUAGUUGAACUGAGUCGGUUGGUAUACAACACUUGGCCCUCAACAGAUUCAUUUGGUGUUUAAAGUUGAAUAUCCUAUGUAAAACAUAUUUUUCGAUCAAUAUCUCGAAAUCUAAGUCAAUAAUCAAAAAUCCACUCAGUAGCAAUCUGGGGGAACACAAUAGUUUUCAUUUGCAUAUAAGAUCAUCAAAAUCGGGUAUUGCGUUCUAUAAGAAAGGUGCGUUAGUAUUUUGCGGCACAUACAAACAGACAACACACAUACACACACACACACGAAUUGACAUUGCUCAGUUCGUCGAGCUGAGUCGAAUGGUUCUAUUUUGCGUUUUUCGACCGAUUUUAUAACCUGUGUUUAGUAUAACAAAGGUAAUAGUAUAACAAAGAUAAUAAUAGUUGAUUAUCUAACGCAACAGUUGUAUAUAGGACAACCCUAUCUCAGAUUUGCAGUUCUCACGAAUGUAUGAACCAUUAAUUCAAUAUGCGUAAGAUUUAUGGGAUGGAGAAUUUUAAAUGUCCCUAAUUGUAGCCUAGCCGUCUCGACAUUAGGAAUGGAGUUGUCAUUCAGGUGGCGUACUUUUAGGUUGCGACAAUAUAUGAAAUAAACUUUUCAAACUGUAA